AUCGCUAGCUUUACUUCUAAAAUUAUUUUGGCGGGUAAACCGUGUUGUCAGCAGAAGUAAACAAAAGCAGAAAACAUGGGGAUUCUUGGUUUAUCAAAAUUACUGGGUGAUUAUGCCCCAUCCGCCAUGAAAGAAAAUGAAUUCAAGAAUUAUUUUGGCCGAAAAGUAGCUGUCGAUGCAUCCAUGUGUAUAUACCAGUUCCUGAUUGCUGUAAGACAAGAUGGGAGCAACUUAAUGAGUGAAGAUGGAGAGACUACAAGUCAUUUGAUGGGAAUGUUCUACAGAACUAUCCGUAUGGUGGAGAAUGGUAUGAAACCAGUGUAUGUAUUUGAUGGUAAACCCCCAGAAAUGAAAUCAGGUGAGCUUGCCAAGCGAAAGGAAAGAAGAGAAGAGGCUCAGAAACAGCUGGAAAAAGCAGAAGAAGCAGGUGAUGAAGAGAACAUAGAAAAAUUUAAUAGAAGACUGGUAAAAGUUUCAAAGCAGCACAAUGAAGAAUGUAAAGAAUUGCUGAAGUUUAUGGGAAUUCCUUAUAUCAAUGCUCCAGGUGAAGCAGAGGCUCAAUGUGCUGCCCUGGUAAAAACGGGUAAAGUUUUCGCCACAGGGACGGAAGACAUGGAUGCCUUGACAUUUGGUACCACUGUUCUGUUGCGGAAUCUGACUGUUGCUGAAGCUAGGAAGUUACCAAUUAAAGAGUACUACUACAACAGAGUUUUAGAGGAGUUGGGGUUAAACAAAGAUGAGUUUAUUGAUCUGUGCAUUUUGCUGGGCUGUGAUUACUGCGAUUCUAUCAGAGGAAUUGGUCCAAAGAGAGCCAUUGAUCUAAUUAAACAACACAAAAAUAUUGAGGAAAUUCUGAAACAUCUCGACUCGAAGAAAUACACUGUUCCUGAAGACUGGAUGUUCAAAGAGGCCAGGAAAUUGUUUCAGGAACCAGAUGUAACAGACCCCGAAGAACUGGAGUUAAAAUGGUCAGAACCAGAUGAGGAGGGACUUAUUGACUUCAUGGUUAAUCAGAAAAAUUUCAGUGAAGACCGGAUCAGAAAUGGAAUAAAGAAAUUACAGAAAGCCAAACAGGGAACAACACAAGGAAGGCUAGAUUCGUUCUUCUCUAUUGUGUCCACAUCAACAACAAAGAGAAAGCAAGCUGAACAAAAAGGAUCUGCAAAAAAGAAAGCAAAAGGAGGUGGAUUCAAACGCCCCAAAUAAGAACGAGACUUCUGUGUUGUGAGUUUGACUGCGGGAUUUUUAACGUGGAUCAGUUCUUGAUUUUAUGGUUUUACAAAAUUAUAUACGAGUGAUAACUGUGGAAGAACUUACAGUGAUUGACAACAAGGCACCAUUAUCUAUACAUUUAGAACGAUGCUUCAGUGGAGUCGGGAGUAAAAUGAAACGCUGUGGAAAUAUAAUAUUUGACAAACGAGGCUGCUUAUAAUAUCAUGUUACUACUAGUACAUGUAAUGUAUAUCUCGGAUGUAGAGGAGUGCAAAAGUUUUUGUAUAAUAUGAAAGUUAUGAUAUUGUAAGAAAUGUGCAUACUAGGGAAACUUUGGUUGUUUUAACCAUUAGCUACAUGUACAUGUGAACUGAGAA